UUCAAACUUUUCUCGCUUCUCUUCGCUAGUUUCAACUGUUUAUUUGCAUAUCUCACCCAGUAAUUCGUUAUCCAACUUUAUUCUAUCCUCUUUCGCAAUCUUAAUUCAUAUACCUGAUCAAAAAAUACCUUCUUUUUGGUUUCCUCUUCCUCUCUUUUGCUGCUUUUGUUGGGUCUAUUUCUUCUUUUUUUUAUUAUCCAAAAAAACUUUAUUCAAAUUCACCUCAAUCUACAUUCUUUCAUCACUAUAAAAUCACUACAAAAUUACUUGCUUUUCCCUUUCUUCUAACAACCUACUUCCUUUUCUUUUCUUGUCUUUUCUUUUUAUUUCGUUUCAUAUCAUCCAGUUUCACGUCCACCUUCUCUUCUCUUUCUUCAACAUCUUUGCUAUUUUUCUUUAUUUCUUAUAAUUAAUAAUGUCCUUAGCUAACUCCAUCACUUCAUCCCACACCAACACAAAAAAACCUCCUCAAGGCCCAAGAUCAAAGUCAAAGCCUUCCUAUAUUACAAGAUCGAAUUCCAUCAAAUCAGUAUCCACUUCGUUGAAUUUAAAUAAUAACGACUACUUGUCCGGUCCAUCUGAUACUGAACAAGGUUACGAUUCAGAAUACGAUAACGAUAGUAACAAUAACAAAUACUCUAUCUCCACAGUUGCUGCAACUCUAGAUAACUCUUUACCUUCAGACUACUUUAAACAAGACAUCCUAUCCCUAAUCAAAUCUUUGAAUAUCCCCAAAUGGUCAAAACUACCUUCAAAAUUAGCCCUUGAUUUAAAUGUCUUCAACAUCUCCGGUGCUUUAACCAAUGUAAUCUACAAAAUCGAUCCUCCUUCUUCAAAAACAUUGAAAAAGAAUAAAUUUAUCUACUUCUUGAAUCCUCUAUUAUUAAGAAUCUAUGGCCCAGGUUCCGAUUCUCUAAUCGACAGAGAUUAUGAAUUGUUGGUCUUGUCAAGACUAUCGAAAAAAAACAUCGGCCCUAAACUAUUAGGCUCCUUCUCAAAUGGCAGAUUUGAACAAUGGUUGAAUAAUGCUCAAGUAUUAAAACCUACUCAAGUAGCUGACCUCAAACUAUCGAGAACCAUAGCAAGAAGAAUGAAACAACUACAUAUAGGUAUUCAAUUAAAUAACCCUGAAAUUAACAAUGGUCCUUCAAUUUGGAAAAGAAUCGACGAUUGGUUGAACUUGGCUGAACUAACUCUCAAUUUAAAUAAAAUCAAUGCCUCCAAUUUCUUGUUAUCCGAUUUCCAAACUUAUAAAAACAUCAUCAAUAAAUACAAAUUGUGGCUAUAUAAUAGAUACAAAUCAAUUCAAGAUUUAAAGGAUUCCCUAGUAUUCUGUCAUAAUGAUACUCAAUACGGUAAUAUCUUAUUUACAACCUCCACCCAUAAAGAUCUUUUAAAAAAAUUCAACAAUGCCAAUUUAAGUGACAAUAACAAUAAAAACGAUACCGAUAAUGUAAAUGAAGAGGAAGAACAAAAAGAAGAUAAAAGAUUGGUCGUUAUCGAUUUUGAAUAUGCCGGUGCAAACGUCCCUGCUUACGAUAUAGCAAAUCAUUUUAUGGAAUGGUUGGCUGAUUAUACUAAUAGCGAAACUGCUCAUUUAUUGGUCGAGGAUCGUUAUCCCAGUGAUAAACAAAUCACUAAUUUCUUAGCUAGUUAUAUUAAAUACCAUUCAACUAUUCACAACAAUACUGAAGAAUUGGAAAAACAAGUGAAAAUCUUGUAUAACGAUAUAAUCGCCUGGAGAGCAGCAAGUAAUAUUGUUUGGUCGCUAUGGGGUAUUAUUUCCAAUUCUGAUUUUCAUAAAAAAGUGGUCAUUGAAGAUGGUCCAAAGGGCGAAAAAUAUAAAAUUCUUAAUGAAGACAGCAACAAUAUUAAAGAAGAGGAACAAGAAGCCAAUGAAAUUGAACUAUUCGAUCAUUUCGGUUAUUCAAAUCAAAAAGCUGGAUUGGUCUGGGGUGAUCUUAUUCAAUUGGGUAUUGCUACUAAAGAUGAUGUAGAACAUUCUGACCAAAUCAAAUAUUUGCCAGUUAAAUUUUUCCAUAUUUAGAUAUCAGUUAUGUAUGAAUAUAUGUAAAUAUAUACGAAUAAAG